GUCUUGUGCAGCUGCGGUCACCUGUGGGCAGCAGAGUCCAGUUUCUUCAGCCUUUCAGAGCAGACAGAGCUGCUUCUGCACUUCCUGAGGAAGGCACUGUAGACUGUCCUACACCCUAUCCUGUACAUCCUUUCUUUUCUAGUCACAGGUUUUCCUCUUUAGGAGUUUUGCACAAGCUUUGCAAAAGGAUGACUAUGACGGCAUAUCUGAUCUGGGGGAUCGCUGUAGUAGUACCCUGUUGUUUAUGGCUCAUUUUUGGAAUAAGAAGAAGGAAAAUAGGCGAGCCACCUCUGGAGAAUGGGCUGAUUCCAUAUUUGGGUUGUGCUCUGAAAUUUGGAGCCAAUCCUCUUGAGUUCCUCAGAGCAAAUCAAAGGAAACAUGGUCAUGUUUUUACCUGCAAACUCAUGGGAAAAUAUGUCCAUUUCAUUACAAAUUCCUUGUCAUACCAUAAAGUGUUGUGUCAUGGAAAAUAUUUUGAUUGGAAAAAAUUUCACUACACUACUUCUGCAAAGGCGUUUGGGCACAGAAGCAUCGACCCCAGCGACGGGAACACCACGGAGAACAUUCAGAGCACGUUCACCAAGACGCUGCAGGGCGCCGCGCUGGGCGCGCUGGCCGAGGCCAUGAUGGACAACCUGCAGCUCGCGCUGCGGCCGGCGGGCGGCGCUGGCGCGCGCGCCUGGGUGACGGAGGGCUUGUACGCCUUCUGCUCGCGCGUGAUGUUCGAGGCCGGGUACCUGACGCUCUUCGGCAGCGACCCCGCGCGGCAGGACGCGCAGCGGGCGCUCAUCCUGCGCAGCCUCGACAGCUUCCGGGAGUUCGACCGCGUCUUCCCGGCGCUGGCGGCCGGGCUGCCCAUCCGCGCCUUCGCGGGAGUCCGGAAGCAAUGAAAGCAGCUGCGGAAGAAGUGAGUAAGGCGUUAGAGAGUUCCGGGCAACUCGGCGUUGGAGGCAGACCUGUUCGUUUGAAUCAGAUGCAGCUGAACGCCUUGCCAGUACUAGAUAGUAUCAUCAAAGAGGCUCUGAGGCUUUCCAGUGCCUCCCUGAACAUCAGGACGGCUAAGGAAGAUUUCAUUUUGCACCUCGAGGAUGGUUCCUACAACAUCCGAAAAGAUGACAUCAUAGCUCUUUAUCCACAGUUAAUGCAUUUAGAUCCAGAAAUCUACCCAGACCCUUUGACUUUUAAAUACGAUCGAUACCUAGAUGAAAACAGGAAAACAAAGACCACCUUCUACAGCAAUGGAAUCAAGUUAAAGUACUACUACAUGCCUUUUGGAUCAGGAGCUACAAUAUGUCCUGGAAGAUUAUUCGCUGUCCAAGAAAUCAAGCAAUUUUUGAUCCUGAUGCUUUUGUAUUUUGAACUGGAGCUUGUGGAGAGCCAAGUUAAAUGUCCUCCUUUGGACCAGUCCCGUGCAGGCUUGGGCAUUUUACCACCAUUAAAUGACAUUGAGUUUAAAUAUAAACUCAAAUGUGUUUCAACAUGUGGUUAGAAAGAGGCACUAGGGGAUGUUACGGGGCUGCGGUGCACCAUCACCGCGCAGUCCUUUGGACACACAUGUCGAGGUGAGGAAGGGGCUCGGCAUGCUCAGUUCUGCCCAGUGAUGUUUGCUCGCUCAUCUAGCAUUUCAUUCCAGAUGCUGUCUCAGGCUGUGCUGGUGAAAGCACGCAUUUUCAGGAGCACAAAAAUUUGUUCUUACUUGCAUAAGUUAGUAGCUGUUCUUAUGCCCAAGGACUGAAAUUUGUUACUUUCAGAGAAAAAUGCAUUUUUUCUCAAAAUGAAGAUAUUCUAAAUGGCAAAUUUUUUUCCUAAGGAAAUUUAUAAGAUCACUCAAUUAUGAAAGAGGUUCAAAUUCAAUUAUGAAAAAGGUUCAAAUUCACGUUUUAGUGGAAAGGCAUUAUUUUUGACUAAAUGAGGUUCUUCAGGAAUGAACAUAUAUUAUCAAAGAUAUUUUAAAGGAUUAAAUUUUACCUUUUAUUAAAUUUUUUAAAAAUUAGGACUUGUUGAAUGAUGCUCUUGGUGUGUGCAGAAAAUACUAAAGGUGGUCUUGAUUUUUUCCCUUUAUUUUUUAAUUUAUUGUUGCUAGAAAUUGUUACACCAGCUUCAGCUGUUUCAUUUGUACCUUGAUUCCAUAUUAGUAGAAGUUUUUUUCAAAGACUAAAAAUGCACUUUUUCUGUCAUUGGUAAAUAUGCAUCAGUGAAAAGAAUGUAGCUCUUCUGUGAUACCUUUUAAAAUUAAAACUGGAUGAAAAUGACCAUUUAAAAGCUUUGGUUAUGAAACACACAGAAUUUAUUCAGUGCAGCUUGAUGUUACUCUUUAUUUAAGUAUCUUAUUUUCAAACAGCUGGCAGUUAAGGAAAACUAAUUAAGACUAUAUGAUAGUGUUUAAAUGCCAUGUAUAAUAGUGCUUUGAUAAAGUAUUUUAAGUGUUAGAGUUAUCAGCUUUGCUAUUUUUAUUAAUAUUUCAUGUGUAUUUAUAUGUAAAUUAUAUUUAACCUUUUUCUUGUACUAUGUAUAUUAAGAAAAUAUUGUAACAUUUGGUAAUCUUGAAAUUAUUCCUUUGAGAGAUA